GAGGAAUCCCACAAUCACUAUAUUGCAUGAAGGAGAUACAGAUUGUCCUUCCUCUAUAUUUUGCACUCUCUCUUUAUUCUGGUUCACAGCGUUACUUCCUCAUUCAGCUCCAGAAGAAACGCUGCUUCACUCAUCCUGCUCAAAGAAAGUCACAGGACUUCUGAAGAUGGAAAAAGGAGAAGACCCAGCUCCACCCUACCCCGGCCAGCCGGCCAACUAUGGAGCAGCGCCUCCACCAGGAAUGUACCCUCAGCCGGGCUUCAUCCCUGCAGGAGCUCCCCCUGCUGGAUACCAGGCAGGUCUUCCUUAUACUACCCCCACCAUGGUACCUGUUACAGUCCAAACAGGUCAUGUGAUCGUAACUCCAGCACUUCAGGACAUCCCAGGACAAACCGUGUGUCCCCACUGCCAGCAGUCAGUAACCACCACCACAGAGCUCAAACCGGGUCUGUUGACCUGGGCUGUCUGCGGUGGCCUUGCCAUCUUUGGGUGCUGUCUUUGCUGCUGUAUCCCAUUCUGCAUUGAUGCCUGUAAAGAUGUGGAGCACAGCUGUCCAUCCUGCCACAAAGUUAUCUACAUAUACAAGCGAAUGUGAAACCAUCUCCUGAAAAGUCGACUGAGUGUCAGUGCUUUUCUGCAGCUUAAUUAAUAGUCUUACUUACACAACAACAUUCCUGGGAUGUUGAUCAAAAUGGUACAAAACUGAACUCCUGACUGGUCGUUGUGUGACUCUUUCCUGCUCAGUAUGAAUGAGAAAACCAUGGGCAGUUAUUUUUAGUAAUCAGUGGAACCUUUGUAAUUGAAAGAAUACAAACCAUCACACAUGAAAAUAAAAUGAAAUGCCUGCUGUAGUUGUAAGAUGUUGUUUGCAGAGAAGUGACUCCAGCUGGUUGUCGAACGUCUCACAUCGUCUGCUGUGCAUCUUUAUGCUUCCUCUCUGCUCCAGUGUCUCACAUUGUUCCUGUCUUUUCUUGUUGCACUUGUUUUUCUUUUUUAUGAUUGCCGAUGGAUUUUACUGUUUUUAAUUGUUUUCUUUUAAAAUGAAAUUGUUGAAUGUAGUCUGUUAGAACAUAAUAAAGUGAGUCUGUGAGCUGA